AUGGUUGAUAAACUGGACCCGCACUGCCUUGUUGCUCUUAUGAGCCAUGCCUUCAAGGGGAACCAAGAUGGCCGUUCCCGCUCCAUAGACCCGAUCUCGGUCAAUCCCGAAUAUGGUAUUACCAAUAGCCGUGAAACAAGUGAACGGACAUUUCCCAUCCUCGAUGCCAUUGCCAGCAUAUCUGUGUCCCAGGAGAGAUCACAGGUUGUGGCAGUGGGUCUCAAAUUGAAUGCCAAAGAGCAGGAAAUCCGUCUAAUUAUCGCCGAGAACAAUGACGUUGAACCUCGUCUCGUUGCCCAUAUCCAGUAUUUGUGGAGUUUGUUGCAAGCCUUAUCGGAUGAGUGUGCAGCCAAUCGAGGAGGAUUGGACAGAGAUGAGGACGGGUCACCAGAUAUACCAGAAGAUGUGGCGCUCCUGCUGAGGAUCAAGAUCUUCCGCGAGAUAUACCAGUUCUCCCUGCAAAAGGAGAUGAAACGAGUAAGUAAGUGGUGGGAUCCGCUUCUCAAUUUUGUCAAGGAGUUAGUCAAACGCCGAGGGGACGCCUUGCAAGGGUUUGAGUCUGACCUGUUCGAUGUUCUGGCCGCAUUGAACUGUGUGCGUGAUUUGAUUCACCGGCUUCAUCCUAUUCCAGCCCAGGGAUUGACCGAUGAUGAGUGGGAACGGGUAUACAACUAUAGCAUGUGGGCAAAUGAGAAAGUUGGGCUGGUUCUUGCAGAUAGAAAUAGUUUUGGCUGUGAGAUUUUGGCUGCAGAACUCAAUGGUAUGCUCUUUGUAACCCCCAUUCCAGAUUAUAUGCAAGGGUAUCGGGACAACCGACAGACACCUAGCUCUAGUUUCUUGAUCCCGGAGACUUCUGAGAGGGAGUUGUAUGAGGGUUUGGUAUCCAAUACACGACCUAUCCAGAUCCCUUAGUCUAUAAUAAGUAUUUUCUAGUCCUCGACCUAACUCCGAAUUUUUCUUAGAUUCGCCUUCAAGUUCCCGCAAAGAGGCCUUCCGGUUACGCCGUGCCCUAGAGAAACUCACUUCUCUAACACGACAUAUUGAGUGUCUUAUUACCUUUGCCAACUCUCCCCGCCUCCGGCCUGCCCUCCAAUACGACAUGUCUAUUUGUACUGUCCCCGGGGAGGCUCGUACUGUGCAAUUACCCGGGUCGCAGCAGCAGUGGAAGGAGUUUAUGGAGAUCGCGGCUGGGAAGGUAUUGCCUUGGCAGGAGGACGUUGCAGCAACCCUGGCGCACAGCUUUAACGAGAGAGUUUGUGUAUGCCGGGCGCACUGCGAAUGUACACUGGUCCAAUACCUUGCGACUAGUCAUGGUGAAUCGUGGGACCAUGUGCCUGCCUUCACCUACAUUGGAGUGUCUAAACUGAGUUGCAGUGCCUGUAGCACCUGGCUAGACGCAUUUAAUGAUAUGGGCCAACGAAGGUUUCAUACCAGAGGAUCACAUAGAAAGUGGUACUGGCCUUGGGGGAUGCCCAAGGAAGAAGAACCUUUGGAGGAGGUUAUUGCACCCGAGUGCUCACGGGAGGUUGGGCCAGAUAAGUUGUUUCGAGUCACUCUAGCUCGAAAGAUUUCGCGUCAAUAUGUUGAGCACCUAAAAGAACAGAGGGUUUACAGAUCGGGCUCGGAUAGCACUACUGCGUCCUUGAGUAGGGGAAAGCGGCAUCUAAGCAAUGCGCAGAUAGAAUCUGUCCGGUCCAGGCUUGCUGCAGUAACAAAGAAAUUCCGAGGUACAAUAGGACGGCAUUUGGACUCAAUGUCCUAUCAGUCUUGA